AUGUUGUCUGGCUCUUCAGCAUCUAGAGCCAGUCACCCGCAUGCGCGGCAUCUGCUGCGCCCGCCAGUCUCGGGCCCAGCUGUAUCGCGACCAUCCCGCGAAGUUGUAGGUUGGAUCGCGCCGCAGCAGAAACGAAGCUUUGCACAGAGAAGGUUACUGCCGAAUGCACCUAUGCCACUUCCAUUCCAAACAAAGCGACACGGUUUCCCUCCCAUCCAGUCAAUGUCUGGACAGAGGCUUUCGUCUUCCACAGCCGCACCUCAACCCGAGUCGACAGAACCCGGCGGAACCGAAGCAAUUAACGCCCUUAUCGAGCGCAUCAACGAGAAUGAAGACCAGAUGGCACAACUCAUGGAUGAGUUAGACUUGAUGGAAGAGGCAGAAGACGCCGAUGGGCUCGAAGAACCCCUUACUAUUGAUGGAGAGGAAUACACUCUCGAGUCUUGGGUGCAGAUGGUCCGUCAGCAGUUUGGAGAUACUGUCCCUGAUGGCGCUCUGAAUGACGAGGAACUCCAGUUGUAUACAUCGCUGUAUGGAGAGCCAAAUAUCAGGGAAUUGGCAGACGAGGACAUCCCGGAAGACGAGAAUGACUCCGAUCGCCUGUUCCGCGAGGAUGGACAGGGCGGCUGGGAGGAGAUCGAGUUUGAACAACCCGCGGAAUCUCAAGAUGAUACUCCAGUUGUGUACGAUAUGGAUGCGAGUCCGGUAUUGGAGGAAACGAUUGCCAUGCAGCGAACACGGGAAGUGGCCGAGCAACUCGGCGGCGAGGUUAUGAUGGAACAGUUUGUGAAUGAGGCGGUCCCUGACUCUGCUCCACGAUCCCAUCCCCUGACCCGUGAAGGAAAGUUUGAGACAGAGCCCGGCACAAUCAACUUGCCGAAGAAGACUGUGACGGGUCCUAUCUCUAUAAUCCUCUCGGAGUUUUCCAACAAACAUAUUGCCGAUACUGCCCAUCGCCUGUUCGGUGGCCCUGGCCUGCCUAAUUCGACUACAACACCUCCCCCACGAGCACAAUUACCCCAACUUCCCAUUCCUAUCAGUGCAUCGCAGCACCACAUGGGAGAAAUGGAAGCCAACGCUUAUCUUGCGGCCUUAUACCCUGGUAUAUACGCUUCGGUACUCUGUGUUCUCGUGGAAGUUCGAAAGCGCUUGGGAACUGAUUGGAUCCGCAAACUCAUUUCUCAGGAAGGUGGUCCAAAUGUUCUUGAUGCUAGUGGUGGUGGUGCCGGCAUAUUGGCCUGGAGGGAUAUCAUUCGGGCAGAAUAUCAACUUAUGGUUCCUGAUCACCCUGAAGACGCACCCGUUCCUUACGGUCGCUCAACAGUAUUGACCGGAUCCGAGGCACUUCGUCUGCGUGCUAGUGCGAUGCUUGAUAACACGAGCUUCCUCCCCGGCUACCGGACUAUCUUCAUGUACCAGUACGAUGUCAUCAUUGCGCCGCACUCCCUUCUUGGGUUUGAAGAGGACUACCAACGAAAGGAGUAUGUAGAGAACCUGUGGCAACUCCUCAACCCGGAUGGAGGUGUUCUCGUUCUGCUUGAGAAGGGCCGCCAGAAGGGUUUCGAAUGCAUCGCCGGUGCGCGUGAAAUGCUACUCAAGCGCCACAUUGCAAGCCCCAAUUCGACCGAGUAUGAGAAUCCCCUUGACUCUCCCGACAGCAGUCGGACCGUUGAGAAGGAAUCUGGUAUGAUUAUUGCGCCCUGCACCAAUCACUCGACGUGUCCCAUGCACAACUCUGCGGGGCCCACAAAGGGCCGCAAAGACUAUUGCCAUUUUGAGCAACGAUACAUCCGACCCCCAUUCUUACAACGCAUAAUGGGAGCCAAAGACCGCAACCAUGAAGACAUCAAAUUCAGCUAUAUUGCAGUGCAAAGGGGUCAGGACUUGCGACAACAGCAAAAUAUUCAGCAGAAUUCCGAGGUGACCGAUGCGGCUUUCGAGGGAUUUGAGCAUCUUGAUGAACCAACUAGCCCAUUCCACCCGCUUUCACUGCCUCGCGCAGUUUACCCGCCGUUGAAACGUCGAGGCCAUGUCAUUUUUGACCUCUGCACACCGGCCGGAAAGAUUGAGCGCUGGACUGUGCCCCGCUCUUACAGCCGUCAGGCGUAUCGUGAUGCGCGCAAGUCGCACUGGGGCAAGAAGGAGCGUCUGGCUCGCCGGGCAGCAGAUAAGGCUGCUUCUCGAGAGGUGGAUGAAGAAGGAGACCUGGAGCGUGACGAGGAAGAUGAUGAAUACCUCGAUGAAGACGAUGAUCUAUCGGACAUCCCUGAUAUCCCUAAGCGGAAUAAGGGGCAAAAUAUCCCAAGCUGGAAGAAGCAUAAUGAUAAGAAGAAGCUUCGACAGGCGUACAAGCGCCGUGCGACCGCUGAGGACGCAGAAUAA